AUGAACUAUAAGUUGGCAGACUUCAUUAGCAAUUACCUCAAUGAAUAGAAACUAUUAACUGAGAAAUACACUCGACUUUUCAAUCAGAUCAAACUUGGAGAUAGCAGUUUCAACAAAAGCAGUGGUCCCCAAUUAAAUUUGAAGAAGAGGUCGCACAACCAGGAUUACUUGUAUAAUUCAAACAAGGAAAAAACGAAUUGUCAAUACUGCGGUAAACAAUAUACUAGCAAAAUGCCUUUGAGGAAUCACAUAAAGAAGUAUCAUAUUUAGGAAAAUUAUACUUCAAAAAAUGAACUCUCAACAAAAUAAAGUACACCUUAUGAUGAUUAUGAUGAAAGGAAGCAAGAUUAUUCAAGGAGAGAAGACAGUUACAAUGAGGCGGAUGAGGAGUUGAGACAAAAGCUGCUUAAGAAUGUUCAAGCUAUAGAGAAGAGGGAAAAUGGAAAUCAAUCUAUGGUUGAGAAGUAGGAUCAAGAAUUUUUUAUUAAUGGAUUAGAUUCAGAUUAAAGUUCAGAGGUUGAAUGA